CUCCUCCACCGUCACGCCCGACGCGGGAAGCCGGCCGGAACCAUCCAAAGCGGCGACCGCGUCGUCGUGGUCGCCGUCGCCUUCUCCAGACAGAAGGAAAGCAACACAAGUUGUAUAAAAUCCAACGUCCGCCCCCUUCCCCUCGUCAACUCCGCGGCGGCGGCGAGGGAGGGUUGCGGCUGGUUGCACAUCGAGUUGGGUUUCUCGAUCGCGUGCGCAGCGAGGAGAUCCAGGGCUGCCGUCUCCUCCGUUCACAAGUACCGCGUCAGCUCUGCGGCUGCAGGCGGGGCUCCCCUUGGCGGCCAAAUCCCCGCUCCGAUCCCAGGAAGCAGUUUGUUCACUGGUGUGCUAGCUUUGUUGAUUGGAGUUCACAAUGGGAGGUUGUGCGGGAAAGGCACGUCACGAUGAGGAAGAAAAGCUUGAUUUCAAAGGUGGAAAUGUGCAUAUAAUAACAAGCCAAGAGAGCUGGGAUCAGAAUAUUGCAGAAGCAAACAGAGAUGGGAAAAUUGUUGUGGCAAAUUUCAGCGCUACCUGGUGCGGACCAUGCCGCGUCAUUGCACCUAUCUAUGCUGAGAUGUCAAAGACUUACCCUCAACUCAUGUUCUUGACAAUAGAUGUUGAUGAACUAAUGGAUUUCAGCUCGUCAUGGGAUAUUCGUGCAACCCCAACAUUCUUCUUCCUCAAAAACGGGCAGCAAGUCGACAAGCUCGUUGGUGCUAACAAACCCGAGCUCGAGAAGAAAGUGCAAGCACUGGCCGAUGGCAGUUCGACCAAGUGAGCGAACUAGAACUGGACAAGCUUGAAAUGGCUUAUCUGUGAGUACGUUCAUGCUCGUGUCUCCAUUGGCAGCAGUUUCCCAAUGUAGUUCCUGUGUGUAACUCCCAUGUUUCCUGGAGAUGAUGUUUUACAGUUUUGUCCCCCACGCCUGGAUUUGCACAUACAAAUGUUGCCAAGUAAUAUGUAACGGUGUGUCUCGCCACCACAAAAAAAAAAAAAAAUGAACAUGUGCUGAACGCAGAGUUUUGCAGCAUAAUUUUGGAAGGAAGAUCAUGUGAUGGGUUGGUGGAUUCGUUACGCUGGUUGGGUAGUAUGUCACUUCUCAUCUGUUUAAAUGAAUUUGUGCUUUUGUGUUGAGACCUUA